UCGUUAACACAUGAACAAUGUGCUUGUUGCAUUUGAAAUUUUUAUAGAAAUUUUAUAAAAAAACUAAUUCUUUACUUAAAAACUAAAUAAAAACAAUGGCCAAAAGACUGCAGGAGUAUGUUAAGUAUACCACGAAGGAGUUGGAUCAAUAUACACAAACAGAAGGCUCAUGUGUGCGCAAAAUUAAUACCAAUCUACAUUUAUCCAUGGGCCCAUUUUGUUUGGCUGAUUUCAAACAUAUUCUAAUGGCCCAUUUGGUGCGGAGUAAAGUUGGAUUCUAUGAUGUUCAUUUGGAUGGCAUAGUAUUGGAUGUUAAGAAUAUAAAAGUGUUGGGUACAACUGGUGCAAUGCGUGCUGAUGAUGCUCGUAUACAUAUCAAUAUCAAUGCUGAUGUUUACGUUUUUAAGCCCGAAGAAGGAGCUGUGCUCACGGGAGUAGUCAAACAUAUUGGACCCCAUCAAGUUGGUGUCAUAUUGUAUCGUGUGUUUAAUGCAAAUUUGAGAGUAGCCCAUAAGGUGGAUAAAGACGAAGUACAAAUGGAUCAGGAAGUUAAGUUCUGUAUACGCAAGUAUAAUCUGCAAAAUGUAUUCCCAUACAUAGAUGGUGAACUGAUGACACCAGGAGCUGAAAAGGCCUCAGCCAAGGGGAAAAAAAUUGUUUUCAAACAGGAAGAGAAUGGAGAUUCUGGUAUAGAGGAAAAAGAUGGAGGACAAGAACUUGAUGAUUUAUUGUCUGUAAUUAAAUCUGAAGCACCCUCAGAGUUCGAAGAAGCCGUGGAGCAAAGCAAUAGAAAGAAAUCUAAAAAAUCCAAAAAAUCUAAACAUACUGAAGAUUCUGUUAAUGCUGAGAGUCCUGUGGAAGCAGUUAGCAAAAAAUCUUCCAAAAAACGUAAAAGUUCUAACUCUACAACAAUAACGACAAACACAGAAGACAGCGAAGCCGUGACACUAACUUCACCUAAGAAAAUCAAACGCGAACUAACUUUUAGUGAUGACUCUUUGCCACCCACGCCUAAAAAGAUCAAAAAAGAAAAGGACGCCACUUCCACGAAAAAGCACAAGAGUAAAAAAAAUGCCUCUAUUUUGGACAUAACAAUAAAGGAAGAAGAAAUUAUAGAUGCAGAUAGUGACUGAUACUAAUGCCGAGUAAUGAAAUUCAACUCGUUUUAUACACCAUAAUAUAUUUUUAGCUAUUUGUUUAAUAGAUCUUUCUUUUUAACUAUAUUACCAUUUAAGAAGAUUUUACAAUUGUUUGAAUGUAUAAAUACAUAUAUUUUCUACAAUACAAUUUUAAUGUAGUACAAAUAUUGUGAGCAUUUUGCAGUGAUUAUGUAAACGUAUAAAUAUUACGAUAUAAAAUUAGUAUACAUUUGAAUUGUUAAUAAAAUUGUCAAGAUAAAUUUUUUAUUUAAAAUAA